AGAGAAAAAAGAGUGCCCACAAAUUGGCAGCUGUCACCAGCCCAUUUCUCUCCCAAGUACUCUCUCUUUCUUCCUAUUUAUAAGCCCCCACAUUUCACUCUUUCAUCACCACCAUUACCACCACCUACCUGUUUAUCUCCUCCUCCUCCUACUACACUCAAAAUAAUGUCCCUAAUUCUCCUACUGUCGUUCCUCUUCUUCUUCGGGCAUUAUGGUUCUGCUUCCCCAACAGUUCAAACCCUUGACAUUAAACCACAAUACUUCAAUCCCAAGCUCCCACCCAAAAGUCUCUCCUCCUCCAAGAAAUUUGAGGGCUCAUCAGACCUCGUAAACCUUCGCUACCACAUGGGUCCAGUCCUCUCCUCGCCGAUCAACAUAUACCUCAUAUGGUACGGCAAGUGGUCCCCAUCCCAACAACUCCUCAUCAAGGAUUUCCUCCUCUCCAUCUCCACCGUCAACCACCGCGCCGCCCCUUCCCCCUCCGUCGCCGAGUGGUGGAGCACCGUCUCUCUUUACACGGACCAGACUGGCGCAAACAUCUCCCGCUCCGUUCUCAUCGCCAGCGAGUACUCCGAUCGCCUUUAUUCCCAUGGCACUCACCUCACCCGCCUCUCCAUUCAAGAGGUCAUUGCCACAGCCGUCCGAUCCAAACCCUUUUCCGUUGAUCACAAAAACGGGAUCUAUCUCGUAUUAACCUCCGUGGACGUGACCGUACAGGAUUUCUGCCGAGCGGUGUGUGGGUUCCACUACUUCACCUUCCCAUCUAAGGUAGGGUACACUCUCCCCUACGCAUGGGUCGGAAAUUCGGGCAAACAGUGCCCCGAAGUAUGUGCCUACCCGUUUGCCGUACCGGGCUACAUGGGCGGCGGCGGCCCCGGAGCUCUGUCACCGCCGAAUGCGGACGUGGGUGUUGAUGGAAUGAUUAGCGUGAUCGGUCAUGAGCUCGCUGAGCUGGCGUCAAAUCCACUUGUAAACGCGUGGUAUGCGGGUGAGGACCCGACGGCACCGGCGGAGAUAGGGGAUCUGUGUGAGGGAUUGUACGGUAGUGGGGGUGGGGGAGGGUACAUUGGACAGGUGAUGAGGGACAGAGAAGGCAGGACUUACAAUGUGAAUGGAAGGAGGGGAAGGAAGUUUUUGGUACAGUGGAUAUGGAGCCCUGUGUUGAAGGCUUGUGCCGGUCCAAAUGCUUUGGACUAAUAAUAAUAAUAAGCCCUCCCUCUCCCUCUCCCUCUCGUUUUCCUCCCCUUUCUCCCUCCCCUCCACAAGAAGACUGAAAUGUACACAAACAAAUUCUUCUUUCAUUUGUUUUUGCUUUAGGAUACUCUCUCUAUUCGAUGAUAGCUGGAGAUUUCCUAGUGGGAAGAUGGAGGAAUGAGGAAAGAAGUGGGACGCAAGGAGGAUUGGUGUUUUUUUUUUUUUUAGUGUUCAUUCUAUAUAUUAUUUUGAUUUUUGUUGAUUAAAUUAGAUGUAUAAAGAAUGAAACUUUGGGGAUGAUGAUUGAUAUAGAGUGUUUGUUGUUAGACUUUCUAGUGGUUGUAUAAUAGCAAUUAUUCAGAC